UACCUCCUCAGUUUAAAUAGCCACUUAUUAAUGUCACUGAUAAUUUACCAAGCUCAUUUCCAUGGGAGGCAGCCGUGCUUAAGUGUGCUCUAGGUCUUCAGAAGACACAUUCAGCAAUCUGAAAAGCGAAGGAGCAGGGCUCAUUGUUUCUCUCACAAAGCAAAGAGCCCUCAGCAACAAAAACAACUACUCUCCAGGUCAUGCAGGCUCUCCAGGUUGCUGCCCUGUGCCUUUUAAUGGCUCUGGAGCCAGUGAAUUGCCAGCAAGCCCGGGGAAAUCUCCAGCCAUGGAUGCAGGGGCUUAUUGCAGUGGCUGUUUUCCUAGUCCUGGUGGCGAUUGCUUUUGCAGUCAAUAAGUAUUGGUGUCAGGAGAAAGAGGAAAAUAUGGAGUCCGUGGUCACCAUAGGAGACAAGAAAGAAGAGGCUGUUGUAUCCAACGGGACUGAGGGGAGGUAUUCAAUCACAGCGGCUGAUUUCAGGUCCAAAGAAACCCAGCACGCCUAUGAAAAUAUUGUUGAGUAUGAGGGGAAAGUCAUCACUACUCCAAUGUAAGAGCCACCUUCAAGGAUAGCCCAUUUCGUGCCAUCCUUUUUCACCCUUCUCCAAUUCUAACUUGGAAUCCCUGUGCUAUGGUCAAGUCAAUAGCCGAGAGUCGUCACACCUGAAUUCACCCAUGCCCCGGAAGAUGAAGAUUGCUCCCAGCAUCAUCCAAACCUGGGCAGGAUAGUGAGGACAACAGUCACAGCUGCCUCUUACACCCUGUUCCCUGUCGGUGUGCAGGAAGUGGGAGAGGCCAUCCUAUCCAGCGGCUCAGAACCUGAAACAAUGCAGAGGGGGAAUAAAGGUCUGGUUCAGGUUUCUCUCCGUCCCCCACUGCCAAAUGAAGCAAGAGGGAAGCAGGAACCAGGAAUCCACUCCAAGCUAGGCUGUAAGAUUGCAAUGCUGCCCUGCAUGAACAGAAGCCCCUUCCUUCUCUUUGUCUAAAAUAAUGUCACCUGUGACAUCUCUUCUUCUUAGUCCUGGUCUGGCAUCACAACUGCCAACUUUUGUUGGUGCCGGUGGUUGCUCGUGCCCCCCAGCCCUGCCCCUGCCCCAAAUCUGCCCCCUCCCUGCCCCUAUUGGAUCCUUCCCCAAAUCCCCACCCUGACUCUGCCUCUUCCCCAAGUGCGCUGCGUUCCUCCUCCCCACAUCCAGCUUGCCACGCGAAACAGCUGAUUCACAGCGCAAACGCUGGAGAGGGAGGCUGGAGAAGCAGGAUGCAGUGGCCGCUCAGGAGCGGAGGCAGAGGUGAGCUGGGGCGGGGAGCUGUCAGGGGGUGUGGAACACCCACCAAUUUUGGAGCACCCAUGGAGUUGGUACAUAUGCCUGGUGUAAUAGCAUAUCUGUUAAUCACUGCGCAGUCUAACAGCCUUUCUUUAUAGCCGAAUAAGCUCAAAUAUUCUAUACACAUUCCCUCAAGAGCUAGUUAUUUAUUAAUCGCCAAAGCUGGGCAUCCUUUUGGGGGUGAGGUAUCACCUUUUCCUUUUUAUGUCUCUCUAUGAACAAAGAAGCCAAUUGGUUGAAUUUGCCCGAUCCGAAAUCUCCUCCUGUGAACAUAUUUUCCUGAUAGCAAUAAAGAGAAUUAUUCUUUAA